AAGGGCAUGGGGUGGGAGGUGAGCGGACGUCACGGCUCGCUGAGCCGCCUCUUUGGUUCUGGAGUCUGUCACCCAAACGACGAUCGAGCCCUUUUCAUUUCGAGAAAUCGAGAGAAAAAGAAGCCCCACCUCUAAAGCUCAACUGACGGGAAGUGGGGGUGUGCAGCUGAGAGUUCGAGAGCUACGGGACCCCAAAGACAGGGCUGGGCCCUGGCACCCUGCACGCCCCGACCCGACACCUAGGCCAGACCAUGGGAACCCAAAAGCCUCGGAUACUGCCCUGGCUGAUAUCUCAGCUGGACCGAGGGGAGUGGGAGGGCGUGACCUGGCUGGACGAGAGCCGCACGCGUUUCCGCAUCCCUUGGAAGCACGGCUUGCGGCAGGAUGCCCAGCAGGAGGAUUUCGGCAUCUUCCAGGCCUGGGCUGAAGCCAGUGGUGCCUAUACUCCUGGGAAGGAUAAGCCCGACCUGCCCACCUGGAAGAGGAAUUUCCGGUCUGCCCUGAACCGGAAGGAAGUGUUGCGUUUAGCGGAGGACCACAGCAAGGACUCCCACGACCCGCACAAGAUCUAUGAGUUUGUGAGCUCAGGAGUCAGAGACAUACCUGAGCCAGAUAUCUCUCAAGACAACAAUGGCAGACACAGUACCUCUGAUACUCAGGAAGACAUUGUGGAGAAGUUACUGAGUGACAUAGACUUGAGCCUAGAAGGAGGGCCCUCGAAUCUGACUGUGUCCUCUGAGAAACCCCCUCAGCUCUUGCUGAGCCCCGACUCAGACAUCCCUGCUCUUUGCCCAAACUCAGGACUCUCUGAAAACCCCCUGAAGCAGCUGUUGGCGAAUGAGGAAGAUUGGGAAUUCGAGGUGACUGCCUUCUACCGGGGCUGCCAAGUCUUCCAGCAGACCAUCUUCUGCCCUGGGGGCCUGCGGCUGGUGGGGUCAGAAGCAGGGGACAGGAUGCUGCCUGGGCAGCCAAUAAAACUGCCGGACCCCGCAGCGUCCCUGACAGACCAGAGCGUGACCGGCUACGUGCAGCGGGUGCUGAGCUGCCUGGGCGGGGGGCUGGCCCUGUGGAGGGCUGGGCAGUGGCUCUGCGCCCAGAGGCUGGGGCAUUGUCAUGUGUACUGGGCCGUAGGCGAGGAACUCCUCCCCAGCUGUGGCCACAAGCCUGACGGCGAGGUCCCGAAGGACAGGGAAGGAGGUGUGUUCAACCUGGGGCCCUUCAUAGCAGAUCUGAUCGCCUUCAUCGAAGGAAGCAGACGCUCACCACUCUAUACCCUCUGGUUCUGUGUGGGGCAGGCAUGGCCCCAGGACCAGCCGUGGAUCAAGAGGCUUCUGAUGGUCAAGGUUGUCCCCAUGUGCCUCAGGGUUCUUGUAGACAUAGCGCGGCAAGGGGGUGCCUCCUCCCUGGAGAACACUGUCGACCUGCACAUUUCCAACAGCCACCCACUCUCCCUCACCUCAGACCAGUACAUGGCCUGCCUCCAGGACCUGGUCGAGGACAUGGAUUUCCAGGUUGCUGGGGAGGCCUGAGCCCGAGCCCUUCAUCUCGACCAAUAAACUGGUUCUGGCCGUGGUCA